AUGGCCUUGGCCAAGAGGCAGUUUUUUACAGGCGCGGGGCGGUGGUGGAAUUUGCUGGAUACCAUCACCGUCAUUUUAUUUGUUGCGAAGUUUCUGGGAGAGAACGAGUUGCUGGAGACGUCUUCGUCUGCCUUCAGGAUCAUGCGAAUGUUUCGCGUUUUUCGAAUCUUGUGGGCUGUGCGCGUGAGCCUCGCGCACUCCUCACAGCUCCGACAAUUUCGGAUAUUGCUAGAGUCUCUGUCCGAAAGUAUGAAUGUUCUACUCUGGCUCCUGAUCCUGAUUUUCGGCAAUGCCUAUAUCUUCAGUCUGGUUUUCACGGAGGGCAGCUGGUUCCUGUGCCCCAAUCCGCAGACCGAGCUCGUGUGCCACAAGUUCGGAUCUCUGAAGAGCUCUAUCAUGACCCUUCUCCAGAUACAAUACAAUGGCUUUUUGUGGGGUUCGCUCUGGGACGAGCUGGAAAUCCUUCCCUGGUAUUUUCAAUCAACCUUGCUCACCUUUGUAGCGGUGUCGCUGCCCCGUCGCUGCAACCCCGGGCCUUUGAGGCCCAACCCGCUUGUCAUGGCCAACACCAUCACCAGCUUCAUCUGCAGCCUGCAGACCAUCGUUUCAAAGAGGGAGAAAGAUCUGCUCAUUGACAAGGAGCUGGAGGGCAACGAGAAGGUCGUGGGCCAGUUAUACAACAUCUUCCAUGAGCUUGAUACGAAUGGCAAUGGCGCGGUCAGCUGGACAGAGUUCCAGCUGGCUCUGCAGGACGAGCGGAUGCACGCGUUUUUGAGCACCUUGGAGCUGGACAUGUCAGAUGCGAAGAAGAUUUUCCACAUCCUCGCCUCAGAGCAGACAAACGCCAUCGAGGAAUCCGACUUCCUGCUGGGUUGCUUACGCAUGCGAGGAGGUGCCAGCGGCGUCGACAUGGUCAGGAUCAUGAUGGAACAGGAGUGGCUGCACAAUGCCACGGUGCAUAACAGGACGCUUCUGCACAAGAUUACGAGGUUGCUAUCUGCGGAGCGUCUUGCAAGCCAAGGCAUUCGCAAUUCUCCUUCUCGGGUGAUGCAGGAACAGAUGUCGGAGACUUCAAGUGGCUGGAAUCCCGACAUCCACGACUUCAACCCCGAUGAGCCUGUCGUGGAGGAGGCCGACGACGUCCAGAUUCACACAUUUCAAAGGAGCAACCUGCAGUCAUGGCAGCGGGCUGUCACGCUGCAGGAGUUGCUCACGAUUCGCAGUGACCUCCCGCGCGUUUGCCACGGUUGGAGGAGUGAGCGCUCCGGCCACCAUCUGGUGCCCGAGAAGUUGAACCUGUACGACUUCGCCUAUCAUUACAUCCUUCCGCAGACGGCGCCUCCUCAAGGGCUCUGGCUCCGUCUAGGCAUGCAUCCAGCUGGCUCAGCUCCAACUGUCGGCCAGCAGCUGUUGCAGGUGUCGGAGGGCGCUGCGCUGCCCAGAGCGAUUGCCAUCAUCCGCCAGGUGGAGGGGAACCGGAGCGAUGGACGCGGACGCCCAUGUUUGGACCUUCUUGUAGACCUGAAGCGUGGACGGUUCCUGGCUGGGCCGAGGGCUCCGCCGCUGCGUCUUGGCACGGAGGGUGGUGACUGGGCCCCAGCCCCUGAGAAGGUCACGUGCAAUGGGCUCUCUGCGAGCUACAAGGAGCUUUUGUCCACGCAGCCGUGCGAGCCAGUAUGGUAUUGCAGCCACUGGUGGGGAGAGCCGAUCUUCGAGUUCGUGGCAGGUUGCCGGAGACACGCGGAAGUUCGGCACCUCGUGGCGGAUGCACGGUACUGGGUGUGUGGCUAUGCCAAUCGCCAGCACGAACUCGAUCAGGAGAUCUCAGUGGAUGUUACGUCCACGUCCUUCAAUGCGGCACUUCGCGAGGCGAAGGGUCUCCUCCUGAUUUUGGACCCAAAGGCCACUCCUUUCUCGAGGAUUUGGUGCGACUUCGAGCUUUACACGGCGAUCAUGAGUCGUGACAUGGGGCUCGACAUCGUCACUACCAUCCCGGCCAAAAAUGGGAGAGAGGCAGACACGCGCAUGUUGAGCAAGGACCUGGUCCCGGGCGAAUCCGCAGUGGCCAAGUCGGUCAGGGAGCAGAAUUUCCCCAUCGAUCUGCUAGCACAUGGGCUGGAGGUCAUGCUGGAAAACGGCAUGGCCACCCAGGAGGAGGACAAGAAGUCGAUCCUCCAAGCCAUCGCCACGGAGAAGUUCGAACCGGGCCCUGGGAAGCCACACGUGUCGAACGAACUGCGGGCCAACAUGACCCUGCACUCGACACUUGCCAUCCUGGCAUGGCCACAGGCGAUGAAUCGAGACCAGCUGAAAUAUGGGAAAGGAGACGACAAAAUCGACGUCGAAGGAGCUUUGCAUUCGGACGUUACGAGGGACUCCGUUGAGUUGAGCCUAGCGCACUUCGAGAAGACCUGCGUAGAUGCAGGCGUGAAAGUCCUGGCAGAGUGCCUGCCUCCCAACAUCUCCAGCUUGAAGUUGAGCUUCGAAGGCUGUAUUCAACUGACGGAUGCUUCCCUUCAUGCACUGGCGUCUCACCUCCCCAAGCUCCGGACGUUAUACCUGGACUUCGUGGGCUGCGAGAAUCUGACGGACGUUGGUAUGAAGGCGCUUGCGGAGAGCCUACCGGAGACCUUGGCGGAGCUGGAGCUACACUUUGUGGGCUGCGUUCGCCUCAACUCUUCAGGCCUGGAAACUUUGAGCAACAAGCUGCAGCCUUUGCAGUUUUUGCGCGUGGUGAAAGUGACCUACGCCGGCACGCGCGUGAACCGGAACUUCGCGAGCCGAGCGGAGCUUCGGGCUUUCGUCUCGUUCGGAAGUUGGAUGUCAACGGAGCAUACCAGCGCGAUGCAUAGAGUUCUUUUUCGUUUCUGA